CCAAUAAGAUCUUGCUCUGUAAACGGAAGUAAACAGUGAACAAGUUCUACGUUAGCGUUUUUGUUAUUUAUAAGUUCCUUAAACACUGGUACUCAACGUGACUCAUUUAACUGCGCAGCAUCAUAUACUUACCACAUUUUGUGUUUAAUUCGCUUUAGAGACAGGACAUGAUAGAUGUUCCAGGUAACGCUAGCUAGCUGCUAACAAUGGCUAACUGUAUGGGGUUUCACACUCAAAUAGCCUCCAUCAUGGAGGUACUAGCGAAUGCAGCCGUGGCAGAGGUAUGUAAACUCGUAGAUGACGACUAUGCAGUGUUUCGUUUGGAAAUAACUCAAAGCCAGAAAGAGAACAUGGCAUUGCGCAGGAAACUACAGCUACUGGAAGUGAAGGUGGCACGGGAGCGCGUCUUCGCCAGUCGUCCCAGAAGUGUCAAGAUCGUCGACCGAUACAGAGGAAUAGAAAGAGGUGAAGGACAUCUUACUGGAGGCCACAAGAGCUUUGUGAAGCCAGCGGGACACAAUGUGUGGAGAGAUGACCAACCUAUAGCUGUAGAUGAGGGGAGUGGAACCUCAACCCAGCAUGUUAUCAUGAUAGAGUCUACAGAUGCAGAGGCUGCAGGUCCUGAAGGAUUGUCUCUGGUCAAGCAGGAGAGGUCUGAAGGAGAGGAGGACCGACGGCACAGCAGGCACAUCCAGACUGGAGCGGCAGCUGGAGCGCCCCCUGUAGCCACGGUAGACCAUACCAUCACCCCAGCGCAUCUCUGGACCCGAAGCAGAAUCACGGAGGUCAGUGGAACGCCGAAUGCAGUCCUCAAGUCAGAGAAAGACAUCAAGACUUUAACUGUAACACAAAGGCUGUUACACACAGGAUCUGACCACAGAUCAGACCCAGAGAGACUGGGGCCGGGGAGACCGGGCUGUCCUCCUGCUCCUGGCUCAGAGUAUUUACCGGUAUUUCAACAUAGCCAAAGGGCGGUUAAUUCCCAUGGAGAUGGUGAUGCGUUAGCCACUGGCGGUGAUGAUCUGUCUUGUUUUUACACUACAGAGAUGGACCCUGGAAACAUGCCCUUGGGUUUAGAGACACAGACUGAUCUUUCUAGACGGGACUGGAACCAGUACAGUAGUAGUGUAUACUCUGAAGGGCGCCUAGAUGAGAAAGGGGAGGGUCUGGUCAUAGAUGAAGUGACUAUGAAAGUGGAGGGUGACGUUCCACCCACAUGGAAUGCAGAUAAUCAUCACCUAGGAGAUGGACACUUACAGGGCAGAGAUUUCUUAAAUGACAGGGAAAGGUUAGAGACAAAUCCAAAUGGCUCUACCCACUCUCCUUUACACAUGUUCCGGGAUCGCGCCCCAGUGUCCACAUCUAUGGGGCCUUCCGAUUCACACGGCCGCUUCCUUUUCGACAGGGCUAGAGCCCAGGCUCAGGGAGGGGGAGAAACGUCAGGCAGUAGUAAGGGAAAACGGUUCCUCUGCAUGUUCUGUAACAAAGGCUUCAGCUGCCCCCAGAAGGUAGAGAUCCACCAGAGGUUCCACACAGGGGAGAAACCCUUCAGUUGUACCCAGUGUCACAUGCACUUUGCCCAGGCUGGUGACCUGAAGAGGCACCAGAGGAUCCACACAGGGGAGAAACCCUACAACUGCCCCCAGUGUGAGAAGAGGUUCUCCCGCCAGGACCACCUGAAGAUGCACCUGAAGGUCCACACGGGAGAGAGGCCGUUCGCCUGUACGCACUGCGGGAAAAGGUUCUCAGAGAGGAGCUACCUCAGGAUACACCAGGAGAAAAACCAUUCCACUCUAUAACAUAGAAAGUAACCAUUCCACUCGAUAGCUUCUGACGUUUAGCUCAAACCCUGCAUUAAAGAAAAAUAUGCAUUUUCAUUGUUGUCAGCAGAAAAGAUCCACAGAUGCAUUUGGAAUAAUGCGAGUAACAGAUUUCAGUGUUGAAUAUUCCAGGGUAGAAUAUUGCAUACAGACAUUGUGUGAUAGAUACAGCAUAUAUAUACACUGCUCAAAAAAAUAAAGGAAACACUAAAAUAACACAUCCUAGAUCUGAAUGAAUGAAAUAUUCUUAUUAAAUACUUUUUUCUUUACAUAGUUGAAUGUGCUGACAACAAAAUCACACAAAUUAUCUCUGGAAAUCAAAUUUAUCAACCCAUGGAGGUCUGGAUUUGGAGUCACACUCAAAAUUAAAGUGGAAAACCACACUACAGGCUGAUCCAACUUUGAUGUAAUGUCCUUAAAACAAGUCAAAAUGAGGCUCAGUAGUGUGUGUGGCCUCCACGUGCCUGUAUGAUCUCCCUACAACGCCUGGGCAUGCUCCUGAUGAGGUAGCGGAUGGUCUCCUGAGGGAUCUCCUCCCAGACCUGGACUAAAGCAUCAGCCAACUCCUGGACAGUCUGUGGUGCAAUGGAGCGAGACAUGAUGUCCCAGAUGUGCUCAAUUGGAUUCAGGUCUGGGGAACGGGCGGGCCAGUCCAUAGCAUCAAUGCCUUCCUCUUGCAGGAACUGCUGACACACUCCAGCCACAUGAGGUCUAGCAUUGUCUUGCAUUAGGAGGAACCCAGGGCCAACCACACCAGCAUAUGGUCUCACAAGGGGUCUGAGGAUCUCAUCUCGGUACCUAAUGGCAGUCAGGCUACCUCUGGCGAGCACAUGGAGGGCUGUGCUGUCCCCCAAAGAAAUGCCACGAAUUUGCCGAUCUUGGUGUUCUCUGGCAAAUGCCAAACGUCCUGCACGGUGUUGGGCUGUAAGCACAACCCCCACCUGUGGACGUCGGGCCCUCAUACCACCCUCAUGGAGUCUGUUUCUGACCGUUUGAGCAGACACAUGCACAUUUGUGGCCUGCUGGAGGUCAUUUUGCAGGGCUCUGGCAGUGCUCCUCCUUCUCCUCCUUGUACAAAGGCGGAGGUAGCGGUCCUGCUGCUGGGUUGUUGCCCUCCUACGGCCUCCUCCACAUCUCCUGAUGUACUGGCCUGUCUCCUGGUAGCGCCUCCAUGCUCUGGACACUACGCUGAGAGACACAGCAAACCUUCUUGCCACAUCUCGCAUUGAUGUGCCAUCCUGGAUGAGCUGCACUACCUGAGCCACUUGUGUGGAUUGUAGACUCCGUCUCAUGCUACCACUAGAGUGACAGCACUGCCAGCAUUCAAAAGUGACCAAAACAUCAGCCAGGAAGCAUAGGAACUGAGAAGUGGUCUGUGGUCACCACCUGCAGAACCACUCCUUUAUUGAGGGUGUCUUGCUAAAUGCCUAUAAUUUCCACCUGUUGUCUAUUCCAUUUGCACAACAGCAUGUGACAUUUAUUGUCAAUCAGUGUUGCUUCCUAAGUGGACAGUUUGAUUUCACAGAAGUGUGAUUGACUUGGAGUUACAUUGUGUUGUUGAAGUGUUCCCUUUUAUUUUUUUGAGCAGUGUAUAUACACAGUGUACAAAACAUUAGGAACACCUGCUCUUUCCAUGACAGAGUGACCAGGUGAAUACUAUGAUCCCUUAUUGAUGUCACUUGCUAGAUCCACUUCAAUCAGUGUAGAUGAAGGGGAGGAGACAGGUUAAUUAAUGAUUUUCAAGCCUUGAGACAUGGAUGGUGUGCCACUGCCAUUCAGAGGGUGAAUGGGCAAGACAAAAUAUUUAAGUGCCUUUGAACGGGUUAUGAUAGUAGGUGCCAAACGCACUGGUUUGUGUCAAAAACUGCAACGCUGCUGGGUUUUUCACACUCAACAGUUUACUUCAAGAAUUAUCCACCACCCAAAGAACAUCUAGUCAACUUGACACAACUGUGGGAAGCAUUGAAGUCAACAGGCCAGCAUCCCUGUGGAAUGGAGAGUCCAAAAGGGGGUGCAACUCAAUAUUUGGAAGGUGUUCCUAAUGUUUUGGACACUCAGUGUAUGUUAAUGUCAUUAUUUGGCAACAGUUACAUCAGACGUAUCUGAUUAAAUUAAAAUUAGUUUGUCAAUGA